AUGAUGUCUCGAUUUUGGAGGAAAUCGGAGGUGCUGAUGAACGGCACCAUUGCCGUCUCUUUGUACCGUUCGACUCGUAGUCGAUUAGUUGUUGCAAUCGGUGAUGUGCCUGGCCCUCUGGUGAAAGGGUGUAUUUCAUUUGUGACCGAGACGGAUUGUGAUGAUGGCCUACCUCACACGUUGGAGCAUUUGGUAUUUAUGGGCAGCAAGAAAUAUCCAUACAAAGGUGUAUUGGACGUCAUUGCAAACCGUUGCCUGGCCAGCGGUACAAACGCAUGGACCGAUCAGGAUCACACAGCGUACACACUGAGCACAGUUGGUAGUGAAGGGUUCUUCAAAGUGUUACCGGUCUACCUCAAUCAUCUUCUUUCUCCUAUGUUGUCGCCAUCUCAAUUCGCUACUGAAGUCCAUCACAUUAAUGGUAAAGGUGAAGAUGCUGGUGUGGUCUACAGUGAAAUGCAAGAUCAUGAAUCGGAAAUGUCAUGCAUAAUGGAUAGGCGGGUACUCUUACUAAAGAAGAAGGAGAUUCUGUACCCUCCCAACAAUUCAUAUCGUGUCGACACGGGUGGGCGAUUGCCGAGUCUUAGGACGACGUGUAAUUUGGAAAAGGUUCGCGAUUUCCACAAGAAAUAUUAUCACUUAUCGAAUAUGAUGAUGGUCACAGUGGCAGGGCGAGUUAAUCAUGAAAGGUUGCUGAAGAGAUAUGAUGAACUAACCGAGCGAAGUUACAAAGCAAUAUUCUCCUUCUGCGUACAAUUUUAUCUAUCACACCACUUGUUGCUCUAA